AAUGAUAUCACACCAUUACAUGUUGCAUCAAAGAGGGGAAAUGCAAAUAUGGUCAAACUCCUACUUGAUCGAGGAGCUAAAAUUGAUGCCAAAACAAGGGAUGGGUUGACCCCCCUCCACUGUGGAGGAAGAAGUGGCCAUGAACAGGUUGUAGAAAUGCUGCUGGAUCGUGGUGCCCCUAUUCUUUCCAAAACCAAGAAUGGUUUGUCUCCGUUGCACAUGGCAACACAAGGAGAUCAUCUAAACUGCGUUCAGCUUCUGAUUCAGCAUAACGUGCCUGUAGAUGACGUCACUAAUGACUAUCUGACUGCGCUGCAUGUUGCCGCCCACUGCGGCCACUACAAAGUUGCCAAGGUUCUCUUGGACAAGAAAGCUAAUCCUAAUGCCAAAGCACUGUCGGGCCUAACUCCAAUCCAUGUUGCUGCCUUCAUGGGACAUGUAAAUAUUGUAUCGCAGCUAAUGCAUCAUGGAGCAUCUCCCAACACUACCAAUGUGAGAGGAGAAACAGCACUGCACAUGGCUGCCAGAGCUGGCCAAACAGAAGUGGUUCGACACCUGGUACAAAAUGGAGCCCAGGUGGAGGCUAAAGCUAAGGACGACCAAACGCCGCUGCACAUUUCUGCUCGACUGGGAAAAGCAGAUAUAGUACAGCAGCUGCUACAGCAAGGAGCAUCUCCAAAUGCAGCUACGACGUCUGGCUAUACGCCCCUGCAUCUUUCUGCUCGAGAAGGACAUGAAGAUGUAGCUUCUGUUCUUUUGGAUCAUGGUGCAUCUUUAUCUAUCAUUACCAAGAAAGGAUUUACUCCUCUACAUGUGGCUGCAAAAUAUGGGAAAAUUGAGGUAGCCAACCUCCUACUUCAGAAGAAUGCAUCUCCUGAUGCUUCUGGAAAGAGCGGCUUAACACCACUGCAUGUAGCUGCACACUAUGAUAAUCAAAAAGUGGCACUCCUACUGUUGGACCAGGGAGCUUCACCUCACGCAUCUGCCAAGAACGGCUAUACACCAUUGCACAUAGCUGCCAAGAAAAACCAGAUGGACAUAGCAACUACACUGCUUGAAUAUGGUGCUGAUGCCAAUGCUGUAACCAGACAGGGUAUCGCCCCUGUACAUCUUGCCUCUCAGGACGGCCACGUGGACAUGGUGUCAUUGCUUCUUACUAGAAAUGCUAAUGUAAAUCUCAGCAACAAGAGUGGACUGACGCCACUCCAUCUGGCUGCUCAAGAGGACAGAGUCAAUGUAGCAGAGGUUCUUGUUAACCAAGGAGCCGCUGUUGAUGCGCAGACGAAGAUGGGAUACACUCCUUUGCAUGUUGGCUGCCACUACGGAAACAUAAAAAUUGCUAACUUCCUUCUGCAACAUUCUGCAAAAGUUAAUGCCAAAACGAAGAACGGGUACACGCCGCUGCACCAGGCUGCGCAGCAGGGGCACACCCACAUCAUCAACGUCCUGCUCCAGCAUGGCGCGGCACCCAACGAGCUCACUGUGAAUGGAAACACUGCCCUCGCCAUUGCUAAGCGACUUGGCUACAUUUCAGUUGUUGACACAUUGAAGGUGGUGACAGAAGAGACCAUGACUACAAUUACUGUUACAGAAAAGCACAAGAUGAAUGUACCUGAAACCAUGAAUGAAGUUCUUGAUAUGUCUGAUGACGAAGGUAUUAAAAACUCCUCUUGCUUAUUUUUCA